CCCACCAAAAACGAUCCGAUUGACAAAAGGAAACAGCACCCUCCAGACCCUCGUUGUUUCAUCGUCGUCUCGCUAGGUUUCUCACACCCCGAGUUCUCAUCCUCGCCGCCGCCGAUUCUCGCUGCCAAGAUCCGCUAACUAGCCUCCUCGGCGCUCCCUUCGCCUUCUUCCCCGCACCACCCUCCACCCUGCCGCCGCUCCGUCCUCCCGCCGGCGUCACCUCUCUGUCCUUCCCCCGGCGCCGCGGGCGCGCGGCAUCCCUCGCUGCCGUGCCUCCCCUGCAUCUCGGUCGCUGCCUCGGUGAACUGCACGUGGGUACGAGAGGAAUGACGGGUCACGGGGCCACGACGCGUUACCUCACCGCCGCUGAUAAUGGUGAUGAGCUCAGCAGCAGCAUCGUUGUUGGUAAAUACCAUCGGCACUUACAGUCUACUCCACCUACAAAGAGCUAUGGGAAGGGCGCUGCAGCAGCAUUCGCUAAAGAGCUAGGCUAUUUUAACACAGGCAAACAUGUUUCCCAAAUGAAAGAUCGGAAAAGAGCAACAAAUCCCAUGAAUGAUGAACCAAAAAGGCGUACAGUUUUUCAAAAUAUUUCUGAGAAACAUUUAGAUAUGGAUGAUAGCAAGUUAGAUUUGAAGUUCUGUACAGAAAGUCGACAGAAAAAAAACUUUGUUGAGCCAAAGGACUUGUCCCAUAAACUACAGACAGAAGAUCUUACUUUUGGGAGUUCGACCAAGAGAUGGUACCAUUCCAAGAAUCGGACCUACCAAUAUGGGAGGUUAAAUACAGGAAACGAGAAUAAGGAAUUGGUUUUCUUCAGUGACGAAGAUACAAAACCCGCUAAAUCUGUUGAUGUCAAGGUGGCUAAUAAACGGCAAAUUGGUAACACAAUAGGUAUUACGAGCGGCUGCGGAUGAGGGGGGGGGGGGGUCACUAGCAAUGAAGAGUUUGUAAAAUGUGUCUAAGCGAUGGUAACAACAGUAAUGCUAGAGAAUGGGCGGAUUAGUGCAUGUACAAAGGUGGCAUAUGGAUAUAGAUGCCCCACGACAAAAAGUAGUUUGAGGCAUCUAUAUUGAUUUUCUCCCCCCCUCCCCCCCUCCCUCCCCCCCAAUGCAAGCUACUACUAGUGGGCUUCAUCAAAGAAUAGAAAGUGAUUCUCACUACACAUGUAUCCAUACUCACUACUUCAACUUUUUCUACUUUAUGCACCUGACCACAUUUUUUAUCUUCAAGCACCCGCCUCCUGCAGAGGAUCCCGCUUCCCCAUCCCAAUCUACUUUUCCUGUCAUCCAAUCCUACAUGGCAUGUGAGGCAUCACCCUGAGGCUAUGCAUUGACCAUGGCCUUAAGAGAAUGAAAGUGGACGGAAAGGAAAUGUAGGGAAAAAGAUGAUGUUUUGUCUUGCAAGAGGAGGACGAUUAAGAGCAUCUCUAGCGGAUCCUGCAAACCGGACGUCCAGCAAAAUAAACGUCGGUUUGCGGGACGGAGGGGGUUUGCCCGGCCCGAAUAAAUCCCCCAAUUUUGGCCGUCUCGGAAACUUUUUGUGGGAUCCCGAAUCCACGAGCUCAUUUCGUUCAUAUCUACGGGAUUUCAAUCAAUUUUGCCAGCUCCUCUUUCCUUUUGCGUGAACGCAUUUCCGCCCGCUUCUGUUCGCGUCUCCACUCCCCGCCGCCGUCGCCACCGCACAUCCCCGUCUGGUCUUGCUGCCUCGGCUGCCUCACGCCACCCGAAAGCUUCGCCACCCUGCUCCACAUCCAUUCCACCAAGUUUCGGCAAGGGGGUGGGGGGAGGGGGGUGCCCAUUUGUGUCCAGGGCUCGUGGCCAUCGUUGGCGCCAUGGAUCCCAUCCCGGAGCUUGGCGCACGACCUUGUAGCUGGUGGAUCCGGUUGGUCGCCAGUGAGCCUUGGAAUCGAUGGGGCUCGCCCACGCGCGUAGGAGGAAGGCGGCGGCGCGGCUUUGCAUCAGUCGGCGGGGAGAAGAAAGGGCGGCGUAGCGCGGCUUUGCUUCGGCCGGCUUCGGGCGAGGUAUGUCCAACACUCGCGGGGUUGUGCUCGAUUUGGCUCGGAGUAGGUUCGGGUGAAAUUCAUGGGGUUUCAUGUGCAUUUUAUAGAUGGAUUGGAGUUCGUCCUCAUUGUCUUCAUCCGAUGAUUCGAACAAUUUGGUGUUGUAAUAAUUAUUCAAAUUUGAACAUUUGUUGUGAUGAAAAUGAUUGCUGUAUUGUGAAUUGCUUUUCGGACCAUUUAUAUUUAUAUUAUGAUUCCAUUUGGUUUUCUUUGUUGAAGUCUCUGAUUUACGAAGCUAUGAAAAUUUUGCGAUACCGCAAGCCCUCCGAUGCGGAACAUAUCACGUAAACGCGUCCCGCAAACAUUUGCGGGUUGGUUUAUGGGGUCUGUUCCGCCAAAGGGUCGCGGUACCGUAAAUAAGUUUUGCUAGGGAUAGAGAGUUGUUAUUGCUCAUUAUAUUGACGACCCUCCCCAAUAACCCGACCCUCGCCGCCGAUGCUGCCUUCCUCGCCCUUGAGCGGUGUCUGUCGUCACGAUGUCUUUAUUGGUAGUGUGCUUCCUGAUGAAGCUAUGUACCUAGGGUAGGGUCAUGGACCUGUCCUAACUGCCCUACCCAGGGACAUCUCUAGAAGAAAUCACCUUUCAAUCGACUUGAAGGUGUUCCACUCGACAGACUCAAAGACACUCGACCAAGAAGCAAU